UCUUUCCCUAUAAAUUCCAAGAAGAAUUUGAUAGUUUUGGGUGACAGUGCUGAGUCUCCGUGACGUGAGACCCAAAAAAAGGAGGAUCAAAAUGUCACCCGUUCCCAACCCACCCCGGAUUUCCCUCCCUCUCCUUCUCUUCUGGGUCGCUCUCGGGGGAGGUCUGACGUCUUCAAUUCCUAGAGAAUAUAUAUUCUCUUCUUCUGUCUUCUUAGUAACUGAGGUUGAACCACUUAAUUCAUUGCCAUGGCUGCCAACGACGUGCCGUGCUGCAAGCCCAUGUUCUGGGUGUACCUCAUCAUCUGUGCAGGCCUCGUCACCUUCGCUGGUCUCAUGUCCGGUCUCACUCUUGGACUCAUGUCCAUCAGCAAAGUCGACCUCGAGGUCCUCGUCAAUGCUGGUCAGCCCCAAGACCGCAAGAAUGCUGUUAAGAUUCUACCUGUUGUGAAGAACCAACACCUACUCCUCUGCACACUCCUCAUUUGCAAUGCCUUGGCAAUGGAGGCAUUGCCAAUUUUCCUCGAUGCUAUUCUUCCAGCUUGGGGUGCCAUAUUGAUAUCCGUCACCCUUAUACUUGCAUUUGGAGAGAUCAUCCCUCAAGCUAUUUGUUCACGAUAUGGAUUGAGUGUUGGGGCAAAACUGGUUGGGUUUGUUCGAGUGCUUAUGUUCGUUGUCUUCCCCAUAUCCUAUCCCAUCAGUAAGUUAUUGGAUUGGAUCCUAGGGAAGGGGCACUUUGUGCUUUUCAGACGGGCAGAGUUGAAAUCAUUGGUCAAUUUGCAUGCGCAUGAGGCAGGGAAAGGUGGAGAGUUGACCCAUGACGAAACUACGAUUAUUGCGGGAGCCUUAGAUCUGACACAGAAGACUGCUAAAGAUGCAAUGACGCCCGUAUCGAAAACUUUUUCCCUUGAUAUAAAUUCUAAACUUGACAUGGAUACAUUGGGUUUAAUAAUGACCAAAGGGCAUAGUCGUGUACCUAUCUACUCUGGAAGGUCAACAAAUAUCAUAGGCCUUAUUUUGGUUAAAAAUUUGAUCACCUGCCGCCCUGAAGAUGAAACCAUCGUUAGAAAUGUAACUAUAAGGAAAAUCCCAAGGGUCCUUGAAAAUAUGCCACUUUAUGAGAUACUGAAUGAAUUCCAGAAGGGUCAUAGCCAUAUGGCUGUUGUUGUAAAGGACCAGAAUGAAGCUAAGUUAACUGUGGAAAAUGCAAGAGGCAAGCCUGGGAUGUUAGAGAAAAAGAUGAAACCAAAUAAAAAUCAAAUAGAAGUGGAGGAAAAAGGAAAUGAUUCCCAUUCAAAUCUAGACAAGCAGCUGAAUCCUGCUGCACAGGCAUCCCCUUUGGGUUCUGAUGUCACCAACACUUGGAGCCCUACACUAAUAAGUAUCACGGGGCAAGAAGAAAAGUACAAACAAUUGAGGAAAAGGGAGCAUAGUGGUGAAAGUAUUCUCAAUGUAGAUUCAGAUCUUCCUAGCUAUGCAUCGGAGGAUGAAGUCAUUGGUAUCAUAACAAUGGAGGAUGUUAUUGAGGAAUUACUACAGGAAGAAAUACUUGAUGAAACUGAUGGGUUUGUUGAGGUACACGACAAGAUAAGAAUAAAUAUGCUACCCCCAAGAAGAUCAUCACCAAGGUCUCCCGGAACAGCAUCUGUUUCUCAUCAUCCAUGGAGAACUCCAGUGGCUUCUCCACUUUCUCCGUAUCAUCAUACUUCUAUACUGCGUUCACCUGUUUCCCGAUAUUUUCAGGCACCUGGACCAUUGCCAACUCUAUCUAGCUCUCCUGGAAAAUGUUCACCGAAUUCUCCAGCAAAACUUACAAGCCUCGGACAAAAGUCACCAGCCUCACAUCAACAGGUCUCAAGAAAACCAUAUGAGAAGUUACGAAAGUUUGAUAAUGUAUAGGGGGCUCCAAUUCUUUGACAGGAUAGUGCAAUGCAUAUAUUUUCUAAUAACUUUCUUGGACAUGAAUGCUGAGUUUUUAUCAGUAUCAGGCGAGUUUGCACCUAAAUUAGCCAAAUCAUUUGGAUUAGUGUUUGUAAACUACCAUGGUCCGCUGUUAUUUAUUGUAUUGUUUCAUGUUACACAAGUGCAGCUCC